GUUCAGUCAGACGCUCGUUGUCGUGAACACAUCACUGAGGAAAAAAAAAAUAAAAAUGGCAGAAGUCGCUCCAGCUCCAGCCGCCGCUGCUCCGGCAGCCAAAGCGCCCAAGAAGAAGGCUUCCAAGCCGAGGAAGGCUGGCCCCAGCGUCAGCGACCUCAUCGUGAAAGCUGUGGCCGCUUCCAAGGAGCGGAACGGCGUGUCCGCGGCCGCCCUCAAGAAGACUCUGGCUGCCGGAGGCUACGACGUGGAGAAGAACAAGGCCCGCGUUAAGAUCGCCAUCAGGAGCCUGGUGACUAAGGGAACUCUGCUCCAGACCAAGGGGACCGGGGCCUCCGGCUCCUUCAAGAUGAACAAGAAGGCGGCUGAGCCCAAAGCAAAGAAGCCAGUCAAGAAAGCCGCUCCCGCUGCCAAGAAGCCCGCAGCCAAGAAAUCCACAGCGGCUAAGAAGCCCAAAGCUGCGGCAGCAGCCAAGAAGGCAACAGCCACAAAGAAGUCCCCGAAGAAGGCCAAGAAAACCGCGACGCCCAAGAAAGUAGCCAAGAGCACCAAGAAGACUACCAAGAGUCCCAAGAAGGUGGCUAAGAAGGUGGCCAAGAAGCCUCCCGCAGCCAAGAAACCUGCAGCAAAGAAAGUUGCCAAGCCCAAAGCCAAGAAGGCAGCAGCACCCAAGAAGAAGUGAGCCCCGAUCACUCUGAGGACUAAACAUCCUGACCAAAGGCUCUUUUAAGAGCCAC